CUCUCUCUAUUUUCUGUUUGUUUCUCGGGAAUCUGAAAGUUCCAUUCAAUGGUCUUUACUUUUUCCACCUCAAAUCCAAUCUCUCUCUCUUCAUUUAUUUCAUAAUUCCAGGAGUUUUUGAUUCCUCUUCUCUCGAGUUUUUUUUUUUUUUGUUUUAAUUCAUUUCGAGUGCUCUUUUUUUUUCUUAAGCCGCCGUUGCCGGUGGUGGUGAUCGUCGUGGAAACUGAAACAUGGCCGGUAUUAGUCUUGAAGAGAUCAAGAACGAGACUGUUGAUCUGGAAAAAAUCCCCAUCGAGGAAGUGUUUGAGCAGCUGAAAUGUACCAGAGAAGGUUUAAGCUCAGACGAGGGAGUCAACAGGCUUCAGAUUUUUGGCCCCAACAAGCUCGAGGAGAAAAAGGAGAGCAAAAUUCUCAAGUUUUUGGGGUUCAUGUGGAAUCCGUUGUCAUGGGUCAUGGAAGCUGCUGCAAUCAUGGCCAUUGCUUUAGCCAACGGUGAUGGGAAGCCGCCGGAUUGGCAAGAUUUCGUCGGUAUCGUUUGUUUAUUGGUGAUUAACUCUACCAUCAGUUUUAUUGAAGAAAAUAAUGCUGGUAAUGCUGCUGCUGCUCUUAUGGCUGGUCUUGCUCCCAAAACCAAGGUGCUAAGGGAUGGCAAAUGGACUGAGCAAGAAGCAGCAAUUCUGGUUCCUGGAGACAUCAUUAGCAUCAAAUUGGGAGAUAUCAUCCCGGCCGAUGCUCGUCUUCUUGAAGGCGAUCCAUUAAAGGUUGAUCAAUCCGCCUUAACCGGAGAAUCGCUUCCCGUUACGAAGAAUCCCGGGGAUGAAGUCUUCUCAGGUUCAACUUGUAAACAGGGUGAAAUUGAAGCCAUUGUUAUCGCUACCGGUGUGCAUACCUUCUUCGGGAAGGCUGCACAUCUUGUGGAUAGCACUAACCAAGUAGGACACUUCCAAAAGGUGCUCACUGCUAUUGGAAACUUUUGUAUUUGCUCCAUUGCCAUUGGUAUGUUGGUCGAGAUCGUUGUCAUGUAUCCGAUUCAACACCGCAAGUACCGGGAUGGGAUCGACAAUCUUUUGGUCCUCUUGAUCGGUGGUAUUCCCAUUGCUAUGCCGACUGUUUUGUCUGUCACCAUGGCCAUUGGAUCUCACAGGCUGUCUCAGCAGGGUGCUAUCACCAAGCGUAUGACCGCCAUCGAAGAAAUGGCUGGUAUGGAUGUCCUUUGCAGUGAUAAGACAGGAACAUUGACGCUCAACAAGCUGAGUGUCGAUAAAAACUUGAUUGAGGUGUUUGUAAAGGAUGCUGAUAAGGAGCACGUUGUCUUGCUUGCUGCAAGGGCCUCUAGAACUGAAAAUCAAGACGCUAUCGAUGCUGCCAUUGUUGGAAUGCUUGCCGACCCUAAGGAGGCGAGAGCUGGUAUUAGAGAGGUGCAUUUCUUGCCUUUCAAUCCUGUAGACAAGAGAACUGCAUUGACUUACAUUGAUUCCAAUGGCAACUGGCAUCGAGCAAGCAAAGGUGCUCCCGAACAGAUCUUGGCCCUUUGCAAUGCAAAAGAAGAUCUUAAGAAGAGAGUUCAUUCUAUCAUCGACAAGUUUGCGGAACGUGGGCUUCGUUCUUUAGCCGUUUCCAGACAGCAAGUGCCGGAGAAAACAAAAGAAAGCGCCGGCACUCCAUGGCAAUUUGUCGGCUUAUUGCCUCUGUUUGAUCCUCCAAGGCAUGACAGUGCGGAAACCAUUCGCCAAGCUCUUCAUCUUGGUGUGAAUGUUAAGAUGAUUACUGGUGAUCAACUUGCGAUUGCAAAAGAGACUGGCCGCAGACUCGGAAUGGGGACGAACAUGUAUCCUUCUGCUUCUUUGCUAGGUCAAGACAAAGAUGCAAGCAUAGCUGCCCUUCCUGUGGAAGAGUUGAUUGAGAAGGCCGAUGGGUUUGCGGGAGUGUUUCCAGAGCACAAAUACGAAAUUGUGAGGAAAUUACAAGAGAGGAAGCAUAUUUGUGGAAUGACUGGAGAUGGUGUUAACGAUGCUCCUGCUUUAAAGAAGGCAGAUAUCGGUAUUGCAGUGGCUGAUGCUACAGAUGCCGCACGAAGUGCUUCCGACAUUGUUCUCACAGAACCGGGGCUGAGUGUUAUUAUAAGUGCAGUGUUAACUAGCAGAGCCAUUUUCCAAAGGAUGAAGAACUAUACUAUCUACGCAGUUUCGAUCACGAUCCGUAUUGUGUUCGGAUUUUUGUUUAUCGCUCUCAUCUGGAAGUUUGAUUUUUCGCCAUUCAUGGUUUUGAUCAUUGCCAUUCUUAAUGAUGGAACCAUUAUGACAAUCUCAAAGGAUCGAGUCAAGCCAUCUCCCUUGCCUGAUAGCUGGAAACUGAAAGAAAUUUUUGCCACUGGAAUCGUGCUUGGAGGCUACUUGGCAUUAAUGACUGUCAUAUUCUUCUGGGUCAUGCAUGAUACCGACUUCUUCUCGGACAAAUUCGGUGUUCGAUCUCUACGGGAACGAGACCAUGAGAUGAUGGGCGCUUUAUACUUACAAGUGAGCAUUGUGAGCCAGGCUCUGAUCUUCGUAACUAGAUCGCGUAGCUGGUCGUACGCUGAGCGUCCCGGACUACUAUUGGUCACUGCCUUCAUCAUUGCACAGCUUGUUGCAACUUUGAUUGCUGUAUAUGCAAACUGGGGAUUUGCAAGGAUCAAAGGAAUUGGUUGGGGAUGGGCUGGUGUCAUAUGGCUCUACAGUAUAGUUUUCUACGUACCAUUGGAUAUAAUGAAGUUCGCCAUCCGUUACAUCUUAAGCGGAAAAGCUUGGCUCAACCUACUCGAAAACAAGACUGCAUUCACCACAAAGAAAGAUUAUGGCAAAGAAGAAAGGGAAGCACAAUGGGCACUUGCUCAAAGAACAUUGCACGGACUUCAACCACCGGAAACUUCUAAUCUCUUCAAUGACAAGAACAGUUACCGGGAGUUAUCGGAGAUCGCCGAGCAGGCCAAGAGACGAGCCGAAGUUGCAAGGCUUCGAGAGCUUCAUACACUCAAAGGGCACGUCGAGUCCGUGGUGAAACUCAAGGGGCUGGAUAUCGAUACGAUCCAGCAGCAUUAUACUGUUUAGAACACUGGAAACCUAUGCCGGAAAAAACGAAAGGAUGGUAGUUCCUUGACAUUUACAGAUGAUGAAGAGAAAAAAAGUAAUUUAGUUUUAAAAAAAACAUUUUAACAUGUCUAUGGUUUAAUUUGCCAAUCAUGUAAUGUUCCGUGUUUUACAGUUUCUUGCUUUUUAAUCAAGCACUCAAGCUUGGUGUCUUUUCCCAUUUUCAAAUUGGGUUAAAUUUAGGGACUGGAUUGGAUAUUUGCCUAUAUAUAUAUAUAUAUAUGAAUAUUCGAAUUUAUAUA